CUCCAUUGCCCAACUUCAGGCGACCUCGCUCGCGAUAACACGUCCUGUUCUUGACUCCGUCUUCACUCUCUGCCAGCAUGACCAGUCAACCAAUCAUCACGGUUGAGACCAAGCUUGUGCCUCCAUCAGACCCCACACUUCCCGCGUUGGCUGUCCAAGUAACACGGCUGCUCGAUUCUUACAUGCUGUGGAUCGGUACGACCGACGAGGCAGCUGAGGACGUGCAGAAUGCGCUGCUUCAAGGGCACAUUGCGAGGGAUUGGGCUUGUGCAAUGCCGUUGGGGAACUUGAACGUACCGCCGGCCGCAACCUCAUUGUAUCGCUCCUCGAGUUCAGAUGCUGCCUUGUCGAUGUCUCAACGCCUUGCACGGCGCUUCAAGAAGCAGAUUUUUCUAUCCAUUGACCUUCCCCCCGGGUUUGACUCUAUGGGGCAGGGCCAGAAGCUCAUUUUGGCGGUGGAAAAGGCGGUGGUUGAGACGCUGAGGGAGGUGGAACGGGCCCAGGCAUGACCGAGGGUCCGUAUUGUGGACUCUGGCGGGGCGCAGGCUGGUGCCUGGCUUGGGGGCGGGCACAGGCUGAGUAGCGCAUGGCGGGUCGUCGUCCUUGUGUUGCAGUAGACAGAAAACGAAGAUGUGCAUGCGCGCGAUGACCGAUAAUAACAAUGUAUAUAUAUGGCUGAUAUCGAUAGCGGAUGCGCCAGGCAGAGGGUGUUUGGAACCGCUUGAUGUCGUGCGCGG